UCCAUCACUAUGAUCAAGUUUGUUGUGCUGUUAACGGUCGUUGCCUACGUCUCUGCCAGGCCCGGUCUUCUUGGAGGCAUUGGAGGUAUUGGAGGCAUCGGAUUAGGGCAUGCUGCUGUAGCUGUUCCAGCUGCAGUGAGCCACCAAUCAAGGGUUGAUAUUAUUCAUCCUUCCGUUGCUGUUGCUGCUCCCGUCGCUGUGGCCGCCCCAGUAGCUACUGUUGCUGUCGGAGGUCAUGGUCUUGGACUUGGCGGAAUUGGUCUUGGAGGCAUCGGACUUGGAGGCAUCGGUCUUGGUCAUGGUGUCGGUCUCGCCGGUGUUGGUGUCGGACUUGGUCAUGGUAUCGCAUUAGGUGGUCAUGGAUGGUAAACAGUACUGUUUUGAUGUAUAAAUAUUGUAUUACAUGUGUAAAUUUGCCAUUCAU